CCCAGCACACACGUAAACGUUUAUUGCUCUCGAAUACCAUGCAUGGCUACGCUAGCAACCACAAUUGAAAGUAACUUCUCUUGUUAGGGUAUUGCCUGAAAAAUGUCGGGCCUGGGAGGCUUGAGGGGCGUCUCUGCAGGCCAAGAUGCCCGUUUCUCAGACAAACAAAAGAAGGCCUUAAAGGAUCUUGUUAAGGCUGGAAAGGUGCCUAAGGAGCUCGACCUUAAGGUCGACUUGAAGAAAGUGAAUUGGCCGGUUAUGAAGGAAUGGAUUGCUAAGCGGGUCACCCAGCUUCUAGGCGGCCUGGAGGAGGAGGUCCUCAUAGGCAUGGUGUACAACUUUUUGGAGGACCCGGAGAUGAACGGCAAGAUGCUGUAUGUCAACCUCCUGCCCUUCCUGGAGAAGAACACCUCGCUGUUCUGCAAGGGCGACUGGCUAGCAGGUUGACUUGAAUAUCGGGAGAAGCGCCGAACGAAUGGCAUUGGCGAGCGCGCGCAUGCACCAGUCUGGCAUCCCCCUCUUUGCCUGCGGAGUGUGGGCAAAGGAGCUCUGGCUGCUGCUACACAGCGCGAACCAGACGGCCUCGCACAUACCCCAGCAAAUGUUGGAUGCGGAGGCGGAGCGGCAACGGCAGCAGCGGCAGCAGCAGGAGGCAAUUCAGGCGGAGCUGGAGCGGCGGCGAGUGGCGCAGGAGGCUGAGCGUGCCGCGCAGCUCCUAGCCGUGCAGCAGCAGAUCACAGAGCGGCAUGGGGGCGAUGGCGCCGGUGCAGGCGUGAAGCGCGAGGGCGACGCUGCGGGCGGUAAUGGGCAGCCGCUGCCGCCACCUCCAGCGCGAGGGGAGCGCCGGGAGCGGCGAGGCUGGGAGCCGCGGGACCCGGAGCCCUCCGCGGCACCACACAGAGAGCGGGAGCGGCACCGGUGGGAGCCCCGCGAUGUGGAGCCGCAGGCUACCACAACAAGGCGGGAGCGCCGGGGCUGGGAGCCUCGGGAGCCGGAGCCCGACCCACGGGACCGUGAUCGGGACCGUGGACGACCCAGUCGCUGGGAUUCCGGACGCGCUGGGCGUGAUGCUCGGGACCGUGACCGGGAUGGACGUGACCGGGAGCGAGCCAGUCGCUGGCGCUCUCCAGAACGGCGUCGCUCCCCAGAGCAGCGCCGCCGCUCGCCGGAUCGGGAACGGGACCGCUCGCGGGGCCGAGACCGCUCGCGGGAAAGAGACCGGUCGCGGGAUAGGGAGCGAUCACGUGACAGGGGCAGGGACCGCCGCUCUCGCUCCCGCUCUCGUUCCCGGUCGCGCUCCGAGUCACGAUCGCGGUCACGGUCGCGCUCAAAGUCGCGGUCCCCAGAUCGCCGCUCCAGGUCAAGGUCGCCGGCUGCACGAGAGCGGAGUCGUGACCGCAUCGGCGGGCGCAUGCGGGCCCAGGCAAGGCGCAGCCGCAGUCGUUCGCCUUCUGAGGAGCCACAGCAGCAGCCGGUGCAAACGCAGGAGCGGGAGCCUAGUCCUGCCAGGUCACCAGAGGUUCGCGCUAAGGAGGAGCUGCCCUCACCGCCACGAGACAUGGAGGUCGCGGAGGCACGCGGAGAUGGAGAUGAGCCAGGUAGCGGGCGACGCGAGAAGGACCGGGAGCGACACAAGAAGGAAAAGAAGGAGCACAAGAAGGAGAAGAAGAGCAAGCACAAGAAGGAAAAGAAAAGCAAGCGGUAUCGGCGCGGCGUGGAUGGGGGUGAUGGCGAGGGCGAGCCGCGCUCGGAAGACGGCGUGGGUGAAGGUCAGGCUGCUGUGGCCGAGGGCAGUGAUGGCGAGCCCUCGGACCCAGAGCUAGCUGAGCUGCGAGCCAAGGCGCUGCAGUCGGCCCGAUCGACAUAAAGUUAGCAGGAUUGGCAUACUGACGCCAAUGAGAAAGCGGUCUACUGGGCACUGGUUGACGUGCGAGUAGCCGUUGUUAUCAGCGCUAUCUUUGUAGUGAUGUGGCUGUGUAGGAUCGCUUCCAUAUACGACAUUGGCACGACUCAUUCAGAAAUGGGCAAGACAAAUGCUGGUGGUAAUUUGUGAAGACGUGUGAAGAUGGGCUGCCUAACCCUACGCCCGCAAUACCGUUGUAGUAUGACCGACACACAGCCCGGGUUACACGGUAGCAACAUGUUCACAAGUCGCGUAUCGUCGAUAGUUCUAAAUACAGUUAUACACGCGUGACACAUGUAACAGAGACCUCAAGUGGUAAACGACACUGUGUAAUCUUGGUCUCCUG